AUAAUAGAAUAUAGAACGUUUGGAUUAAGGGGAGCAUUUUCAAGAUGGCAACCUAUAACCAACUGAAUGCCACACGGAUCAAUGAUCCAGCCAUUAUUAUUUACAACAGAUACUAAUGACUUGAAUGACAGACUUGAGUGUGGAUUUGAGGAAAAUAAAUCCCGCUUGGCUACGAAACUGACGCUGCUAAUUGCCACGCAUAAAACAGACUGCCUCUGCCGGGCUGAACGGCCUCUUUCAGGAUGUCGUGACGUCACAUAUGGCAGGGCCCGCCCACUGUGGCGUCAUGGCGCGUGAGAGUGGCGCGAGGCGGUCACGCCGCGUGACGUCAGUGGCGCUGUCACCGCUCGAGCCGCUGCGCACGUAAACAUUAACGGAGAGAACUUUGAGGCGCUUCAAAAAGUGGGCGAGCAACUGCUGCCGGGCGAGCGAGGGAGAAACCGACUGAUGAAAUGUUGCGAGUCUAUGAAUGUUUUUUAUUGGGGCUUUGACCAAUUUGCGUUUGUGCCACCAAUGCACACGUCAUAGAUAUGACUCAAGAGUCGGAUUGCUGAGGAAGUGGGUAGUAGGUCAUGGAAAAGCUACAAGAUGCAUCAUCAGAUUCUAAGGAGGAGGGGGAUGAUUGGGUGGAUUCAAAGACUACAGAAUAUGAACUGCUGGGACCAGAUACUGAAGUAGCUUCCAGUCGUCAAAAAGAUGUAAUGGAAGUUGCAAGCCCAUUAGUUGUACAAUCCAAAGUUAGUAAUGAGGAGGCCACCACCUCUGGAGUGAAUGUGGAAUGCCGAAUAUGUGGCGAUAAGGCUUCAGGCUUCCAUUAUGGAGUACAUGCAUGUGAGGGUUGUAAGGGUUUCUUUCGAAGAACAAUUCGUAUGAAGCUGAAGUAUGAGAAAUGUGAUCGUAACUGUAAGAUCCAGAAAAAAAACAGGAAUAAGUGCCAGUAUUGUCGCUUCCAGAAGUGCCUGGCAUUAGGGAUGUCACAUAACGCCAUCAGAUUUGGCCGAAUGCCUGAAGCAGAGAAGAAAAAGCUAGUUGCGGGACUUCUAGCUAGUGAAGCAACAGUUCAAAACCCAGUUAUAGCUGAUCUAAAAUCACUGGCGAAACAUGUCUAUGAUGCAUAUCUAAAGAACUUCAAUAUGACUAAGAAAAAGGCACGAGAUAUUCUAAGUGGAAAGGCUACCAAGGACCCUAAAGAAUGGAGGGGUGUACUUUGAACAGAAAGUACUGUCCCUGGACUUUGCUUUCCACUAACUUGAGAGAAAGAACCACAUCCUUUUCGUUUGAGAUUC